GUGGCGAUGGCCUUGCCCGAGCUCGGUCUGCAGGAGCAGCGGCGACAGAUAUCAGGACAGUAACAGUGUGAUAGGUAUUUGGAUUGUAAUGCGCCGGCACUUUGAUCACUGACCAGGCCGACAGUUUAUUUCAAUUUGGAAAAUCAUGGAAAGCCGUAUUAUCACACCAGGCCCUUAUAGGGCUACGAAACUUUGGAAUGAAUUGACCAAGCUUUUUAGGGCAGGAAUGCCUCUGAGAAAACAUAGACUGCACUUGAAAAAAUACAAUAACUGUUUCACAGCUUCUGAAGCAGUGGACUGGCUACAUAAAUUGCUAAGAAAUAACAGUAAUUUUGGGCCAGAAGUGAGUAGACAACAAACUCUACAAUUAUUGAGGAAGUUUUUGAAGAAUCAUGUAAUUGAGGAUAUAAAAGGAAGAUGGGGAGCAGAGAACCUGGAUGAUAACAGCCAAUUGUACAGAUUUCCUACUACAUCUCCACUGAAAGUUGUUCCUAGUCAUCCUCCAUUUUACAAAACAAAUGCUACAAGAGCAAGUACCAAGGCAAAAGGCGGCUUUUGUGAAUUCCCCAAGAAAAUGCCCAAGGAGAAAGAAUCUCUACAAUUACAGGUGAAUACAGAAGAAACGGAUAAGGAGAUGCAAGGGAUCAUUUCUGAGGGACAGACAAUACAUGUCAGACAAGUUACACAAACCGACGUUGAAGAAGCUUGGAGAGAAAUUGUGCUUAACCACCUGCAGAAAAUCUUAGGCUUAGCUUCAUUAGAUGAUGUCCUGGAUUUCUCCCAAGUCAUCCCUCAGCACAUUUUAUACAAUGUGCGUAAUGUCAGUAAACACGGAGUUGUAAUACUACAAGACAAGUCAGAGGACCUGCCUCACUGGGUGCUGUCAGCUAUGAAGUGUCUAGCAAACUGGCCCCGGAACAAUGACCUGACCCAGCCAAGUUAUCCUGGUUUUGAGCGAGAUGUAUUUAAAACAGUUGCAGAUUACUUUCUAAGUCUUCCCGAGCCACUACUUACAUUUGAACAUUAUGAACUCUUUGUGAAUAUACUGGUUUUAUGUGGUUACAUCAUGGUCUCAAACAGACAGCAAGGAAAGCGCAAGAAUUUGGAUGAACUCAGUUGUCCACAGCCAGCAAAAUCACAGCAUUUGAAUAGUCAUAUAAAUUCUUUCAAAUCAACAGAGUGUCUGUUACUAAGCUUAAUUUGCAAAGACAUUUCAAAAGAAAACAACCCUUUGUUUGAACCAGAACAGCAACAGGGGGAAAUGCAAUGUACAUCUGUGGAAAAACUAAAUCGAAAUGAGCACAACCUUCAAAAAGGAUGUGCUAGACGUCUAAACCAGUGUGCAAAAAGCUGCAGAAAAGCUGACGUCAAAGAGCAGCAGAUGGGAGGCAGUUGUCAGAAUCUGACUAAUUUAAAGAAUGAUCACAAACAGCACAGUUCUAUCAAGUCUAAAUGCUACUCAGUAGGCAAUAUUGUGAAUCUUUCAAGUGGAGACAAACUACACAAACCACUGUGCCACACUGUCCUAAAUGAAGCAAGACAUCAAGAUGAUAAUAAACAGUACCAUGAUCAAGACAUGCAAUACCUUGCGAAAUGUAGGCCAAAAGCAGAAUCCAUGUCGAAUCUUUAUUUGGAAAGUGACAGACAACAAAUUUCUAACUCAACUUCUAUGUGUAGCUCAGCAUGGACCUUGACUGAAUCCAGCAAAGAAUCUUGGACUAAUUAUAAAAAUCAAGAGUUGCUGAAAGGGGAGUCAACCAAUUCCAUCAACAAAAUAUCAGUUCAUUGUCAGGACCAGCAAAAUUGGAAUAUACAAUCGCGGAGAUUGCAUCACUUAUCUAAAAUGAGCUGCCAAGAGUUAAAUACAACCAGUAACAGUAAAGUAUUCAAAGAUAUAGGCAGCCACUUCAAUAUAAAUGCUCCAGUUGCUGAAGUCACUGUGAAACCUGAUUUUUCAGCUCAACUAGGACUUAGAAGGCCGAGCACACUCAGCUUAGCUGCUACAGAGGACUGUGACUAUCCAGCUUCAGAUGGGGCACUUGUGUUUCAGUGUCACAAAUGUGCUGAGCAUGGAUCUGAACACCCUUCAACUGGUUGCCACUCGACAUUUGUAGGAUGUUUAAAUGGCACGCAAAGUUUGCUACAACCUCAGCUGGAGCAGGUUGCCAUAGAAGCCCUUCAGAUAUGUUGCCUCUUCUUGCCUCCACCUAAUCGUAGAAAACUGCAACUACUUAUGCGCAUGAUAUCUCGCAUAAGCCAGAAUGUUGAUAUGCCACAACUCCAUGAAGCUAUGGGAACAAGAAUGUUGGUGGUUCAAACAUUUUCACAUUGUAUACUACGUUGUGAAAAGGAAGCUGACCUUGAUGAAUUACUAGGCACACGACUUGUUUCCUUUAUUUUGGACCACCAUCAAGAGAUUUUGCAGGUACCACCUUAUUUGAGGAAUGCUGUUGACAACCACAUCAAUCAUCUCCAAAGAGUCCAGAUUACAUAUCCAUGCACAAACAUAAAUGCUACAGUCCCAAUGUAUGCAUUCUGCCAACAGAUAAGUACCAAAGAAUUUGAAGAGCAAAGGGUUUCUGUGUCUCAGGUUGCCAUAGCUGAGUUGUUGGAAAAUAUUGUAGAAGACAAGAAAUUGUCAGCUAAAGACAAGAGGAAAAAACUUAAACAAUUUCAGAAAGAAUAUCCAGAAAUUUAUCAAAACCGCUUCCCCGCAACUGACAGCGAAGCCAAACUGUUCCUGGAUAAACCCAAGAUCAAGCCACCAAUGCUAAUUACAAUGAAGAAACCACUUAAGAGCCUUCAGAAAAUGCAGAGUUUGAGAUAUUAAAUAAAACAAGAUCAGGAUUUUUGAGCUAUUUGCACAAAUCUUCAAGUAACAUCCAUGGUCCAGCUCAAUGAAGUGAAUUUUUUUCUGGAAAGUUUUCCUGAGUCACUGGUAUAGAGGUGGAGGGACAAAACAGAAGCAACAAAUAAAGUGUACAUACCUCCACCACAAUUUGUUAACUCAACAUUAUUACAAUUACACGGCAGUUUUUAGAGGCUGUUCCUUGUCUAGUUGAUGCUCUGUAACUACAAAGCUGAAAAAAGGAAUUUUUUUUUAUUUUAAGAGCUUCCAUCUAACUGAAGAGGCUUCAAGCCAAUCCAUAUCCAACAACCUUCUCUGAAAACUCCUACUUGCAUUUUGACAGCUGUAACAAAUUCCACCAUUGUGGCUAAGACAAUCCACAACAUUCUAAAUAACACAAUCCAUGACACUUCUUAUUUAAAAAAGGAUCAAUUGACUACCUCCAAAUGUUAACAGACCCUUUUAAAAAAAUUCCAGGAUACAGAUCCACAUCUUCACCAAAAACUAAUUGGUUCUUCAGUGAGCCAUUCCCUAUCUAUGUACCAAGUUUUGUUGAAUCCAUUCAUUGGUUUUUGAGAUGUUGGUUACAGACUAACAGGCAAAAACAUUACCACUACCCUAGGUAAUGAUAUACACAAUGGAUCAAUCAGUAUCUACAAAUAGAAGUCAAGUCAAAUUUGGGUGAAGCCCUUUUUUUCUGAGAAGCUCUCUUCCCUUUACAGAUGCUAACCUAUGGAGUACUUGUAUCAGUUUUGGAUUCACAGCAGUUGUAGACUUUCCUCUUUUAUUAUAGAGUAGCUUUCAUGUACACUGGCAAAUAUUACGCUUUGAACAUGACACCAAUGCAUUAACCUAUUACAUAGAUCUAUCUUCUGCCUUGCAAUAACUAUUGGUUUGUUUUAAGUCUUGCUAAAGCAGCCUGACAGAAAUGGGAUGGUGGAUUGUUAUAUAAUCCAUGUAUAAAAGUGCUUUUGUAAUGCAUUUAAUUGUUAAUGUAUUCUACAUACGUCAACAGUAAUAGUUUGAAAAACAAGACCAAGCAGAGUUACGUGCUACCAAAGUAACAUAAUUAUUUAAUUCAUUAGGAGAAGGUUGACUGCCUUUCUAGUUUAAAUAUUAAGUCAUCAUGCCAUAACUAUAUGUGACAAGUCAAUAGCACCAAAUGUUGAAAUGUUUCUGCUUUUUUAAAAAGUGGUUUCUAACAAUUUGCUGGUAGAGAUUUAGGAACUUACAAAUUGAUAAACGAUAUAUUGUAGCUUA